GGCGCGCGCACACGGGCAUGAUGCGCCCGUGACGUCGGUUCCGUCUGGGACCUUUAAUCCCUCUGCCGCAGCAGUAGAGGAGCGAGGAGGGGGGCAGCCAGCAACCGGCAUGGACCGCACGAGCUAACGGCGAGCAGGACCCCCUCCCGUUAGGCAAAAAAAGACGCAUUCUCGGUGGGUCCUGGUUGAAAGCUCUCCAUAUCAAUCCAAACCAAAUCGGGAUCCGGUGCCGGUUCCGUUCAGGCCAGACCUCCUCCCUUCUUUCCUGCCUCCCUCCCUCCCUCCUCCUCCUCCGCCACCAGACAUCCUCCCUCCACAUUGUCAUCAUUUACAAGCGUAGCGAGGCGGAUCGGUGCUGCAAAACAUGCAGGAUGAGCCUGCGGUGGUGACACGCACUCCGACGCCGCCGUCCACCGACGAGGAGCCUGCCAGCCGCUGCACGGUGCCAGCGGAUUACGAGCAGCGAGGCUUCCGUCCGACGUGGCCUGCCCGUGACCUUCAAUUCGGUCGGGAAAGACAGCGGCGAUCCGGAGAGUUCGCCCCGGAACCGGCGGCCGCGUCGUCGGCCGCCCUCGACCCGCGCGAGGACGCAGCCGAUGCCGCGACGCCACCAUCAACAUCGCCGCCGCCGACUUCCGUGAAUCCGCUCCGCGACCUCCCGAUGGACUCCCCCGUGGGCCACUACGUCAGCAACGGCAAUGACUACAACAUGUUGUCCGGAGGUCUGGGCGCCGGCUUCCCGGAGAUGCAGAGCACCACUGGCAGUGGCGGCUCGUCGUCGCCCUCUCUCCCGGGCUUCGGCACGCCUUGGUCGGUGCAGACGUGCGGCUCAUCGCCCCCUCCUCCGCCUCUUCCUGCUCCCCCGCCUCCUCCCGCUCCACCUGCGCCCGCCUGCACCUCCGGCGACAGCAGUGGCAGCGGCUUCUACACGGGGAUGCGUUCGUCAUCCGUCAACCCGGCCUUCUAUCAGGGCUUCUCGGCUAAUCCGUGCUCCGGAAUGAACGUGCAGGGCUUCGGCGGACCCUUCUCGCCGCAGAUCCGCCGCUCUCCCAUCAGCCCGCAGAUGCACAACCAGCAGGGCGCCUUCCUGCAGCAGAGGAACAACUACAACCAACAUCAGCCUAUGAUGAAGCAGUCUCCCUGGGGGGCUCACCAGGGCAACGGCUGGAGCUCGGGUGGUGUGUCCUGGGGGCGCGACCAUCGCAAGGGGGCAGGCGGCGCGGGCACGGCAGGCCAGGGCGGCCACGCGUCGUCGCCCCUCAAGAAGGCCUUCCACAGCAACGUCAUCGCGCCACCCAAGUUCCCGCGCUCGACCACCUCGCUGGGGCCUAAGUCGUGGCUGGAGGACAACGUGUUUCGCGCCGACGGCAACAGUAACACUUUGUUGCCCCUCCAGGACCGCUCCAGGCUGUACGAGAGCCUCAACAUGCAUUCGCUGGAGAGCUCCCUGAUUGACAUCAUGCGAGCCGAGCAGGAUCCUCUGAAAGGCCGCAUUGGAUGCCUGAACCAGACUGCCGACGGGCUCCUCAUGCUUAACGCCAGGAGCUAUGGCAGACGUCGAGGGCGCUCUUCUCUUUUCCCCAUUGACGACAAUUUGCUGGAUGACGGCCAUGGCAACCAGGGGGUUCCGGGGGUCCUGGGCUCGGCCGGCUGCUACCCGCAUCAGAACGGCGAGCGCAUCGAGCGCUUUUCACGCAAGGUGUUUGUGGGCGGGUUGCCGCCCGACAUAGACGAAGAUGAAAUCACCUCCAGCUUCCGCCGCUUUGGUCACCUGGUGGUUGACUGGCCGCACAAAGCUGAGAGCAAGUCCUACUUUCCACCCAAAGGUUACGCCUUCCUGCUGUUCCAGGAGGAGACUUCUGUGCAAGCCCUGAUUGAAGCCUGCAUGGAGGAGGAUGGCAAGCUCUACCUGUGUGUCUCCAGCCCUACCAUCAAGGAUAAACCUGUGCAAAUCCGCCCGUGGAACCUGAGCGACAGCGACUUUGUGAUGGACGGAUCUCAGCCCCUGGACCCCCGCAAGACCAUUUUUGUGGGAGGUGUCCCUCGUCCCCUGAGAGCAAUCGAACUGGCCAUGAUCAUGGACCGCCUCUACGGGGGCGUCUGCUACGCCGGGAUCGACACUGACCCGGAGCUUAAGUACCCCAAAGGGGCGGGGCGGGUGGCUUUCUCCAACCAGCAGAGCUACAUCGCUGCUAUCAGCGCCAGAUUUGUGCAGCUGCAGCAUGGCGACAUCGACAAGCGGGUGGAGGUGAAGCCGUACGUGCUGGACGACCAGCUGUGCGACGAGUGCCAGGGCGCUCGCUGCGGCGGCAAGUUUGCUCCCUUCUUCUGCGCCAACGUCACCUGCUUGCAGUACUACUGCGAGUUCUGCUGGGCCAACAUCCACUCACGCGCCGGCCGUGAGUUCCACAAGCCUCUGGUCAAGGAAGGCGCCGACCGCCCGCGGCAGAUCCACUUCCGUUGGAACUAGAAGCUAGUAGUAGAACCCCCUCCAGCUAGCUAAACCCGGGGUGUCCAAACCUGGAGCCAUUUUUUAGCCUUCCGCGAGAUAUCUAAAUAUCAAUUCAUACCCGACCCGACAAAAAAAGCCUUGAAUCCUUCACAAAAGCAAACAACCGUCGUUUCAUCAUCUUUUUCAAAAGUCGAUAUAUUUCUUUCACAGUUUUUUUGGUGGAUUCGUCUUUGUUGAGCCUUGACUCCUUUGAUUUUUCCUUUUGCGGACAAAAUAAUCCAAACGCCUUUGCACUAAACGCUCGAAACGACACUCUAGGUAGCGGCCGAGCUGUUUCGCAUCCACUAUCAUCGUUCUUUUACCACCGCCCAUCUCAGGCAGGCUCUUUUUUUUUUUUUUUUUGUGGUACUUUCAUAUUUUAAUCAACAAAACAAAUUGAGUUUUUAGACAUUUUAAAUUGUUUAGAUGUGAGACGAAACAAUAGAGAGACGGGGAUAUUUGCGCAUGGGGGCAACUGCUUGCCCGCUCGGGUCCCGCGCUCAUGCCUGCUAAGGACACUAACCAAAGGUUGCGAAGCACGAUAGGAACCAGAAAUGCCGACAUGCGCUUGUAGCACGCAAAACUACUGACCGUUAGCCUCUUUUACAAAGGAGAUCAUACCUCAGUGUCUUUUCACUAGCCACUCGAUUCAACAUUUACAGUAUACGUAACAAGCUAUCGUAGGAAAUCUCGCUGCUAUUAAGAAAAUAAUCAACACAUAUACGACUAGUUGUGUAGGACAAAUAUUUGACACUCCUGUUAUAUUGUAGGAUAAGGUCAGACGAGAAACCAAAAGUAGUUUGAGGGAGUUUCUGCGGAAAAUGGUUAGUCAUGGAUUUAAAGACGAGAUAAGCGGCUCUGGAAAAAAAUGAGACCCAAAAUAGACAGGACUUUGUUGUGGGUGGACCAUUUUAAUUUGUUUCAAACAAAUGCUAUCCAUUACAAUAUUUAGAUUUAGAAUUUAUGUUGUCGGAAGUUUAUAGAAUCAAAUAAAAAUGUUCAAUUUACUCAAAAAAUUAGCGGACAUACAAAAACCAGAAUAGCCCAAAACAUUCUCGAAAACGGAAUCUUACCAAAACUAGGGCAAACCAAAUUUCCACCAAUAACAAAAUCAGAUAAACAGAUCAUUUUGCAGUGCUCUCGUUUUUUUCCCAAAGCUGCACAUAACGUUUGUUUGGAUUUUCACUUUGGGAAAAUUCAAGGCAAGUUGUUGCUGUUAAAAACAACAAUGCAGUGAUGCGUUUCUGGCAGCGCAUGUUUGGAAUCAACUCGCAUGCUAGGACGGAUGUAAGGAAAAUUGCUAACGAUAAAAAAAAUAAAAUAAACUCAGUUUUCAGUAGCAUGAAGCUAAAAGGGGUGUGUGUGGCGGGGUGAAACACCAGCGCGAAAUAAGAAAAAAAAUAUUUAAACCUGCAUGCUUCAGUGUUUAUCUGUCCGUUUACGAUGAAAAGACAAUUCUGCUGUAGGCUAUUAGUGGACAAAAAAAACAAAAAGUGUGGUGUUCGGUGGUUGUGUUUUAUUUCCCCCCUUGUCGUGCGUGUGUGCGUGUGAGUGUGUGUAGAAUAAGGCUCUGGUUAACGAUAUCGCCAAGGGGCGGGGUAGGAGGCGGUGUUCACCGUUUCAAAGGUGACAGGGGCAAACGAUUCAAUUGGACGAUGUUUCGGGGCAAUCUCCCUCGGUCGGUACUGUUCAACUUGCUGUGUUGUCAUGGUUACGCUGUUGCUUGUGUUGACUACUUCCCCUCACUGGACCUUCCCUGAGUGUAUUUUUUUAAUACGGUAAUAUAUUAUAAUUAUUAUUAUCAUGCACUACUUUUCUAUAUGUUUCUUAUCCAUCCGUGCAAAUUCUUUUAAAAAGCUUCCCCUUAUUUAUUGUCCCACGGAUGAUUUAUUGUGCAAUUUUUAUUUUUUCACGUGCCGCGUGUGAAGUCUUAAGUUAUGUGUGUGCGUGGAUAGAGAAGGAAUUGAAUAUUUUCUAAUAUAAUUCUUAAUGUGGUCCCUAAUGUUUGAAUACGGUCACCUGUAACACUUGACUUGUGUUGUUAUUGUUUUGUUUGUUGUCCGUUUUUGUAAAGGAAAAACAAAAUCACAUUUAUUUCACUAUUUUUGGAGACGAACAGAUAUUUGAUUUUGAUUGUAUUUUUCUAUUCAAAAGUGAUUCUAUUCCCCUCCUAUAAACCUUCCUGUUGCAGCAAAUUUGACCCAAGGAUGUUUUAGUAUCAAAUGUGUCAGGGACCAAAAAGAAAAUCAUUUUAUAUUAUUUUUGUUCACGUGACUUUCAAUAUUUUUUUAAUUUUUAACGAUAAACUAAAAAUAUUUGGUGUUUUUUUUUUUUUUUUUUUUAAAGAGUGAAUCGCCCCGAUUAUACACAUAUUUUCUCCAGACUUCUGUUAAGAUGUCUAUUGCCACUCCCAGCUGAAGUUUACUGUAGAUUGGUUUCUCACUUGCUCAAUGCUCACACACAAUGCAAAAUAUCAUUGACAGGCUAAAAUAUGUAGCAUUGAUGCUAAGACCACUGAUAUUCAAACAGAAAUGAUGUUUCAUGCAUUUAGUUAAAUGAACAAAACAACGCUUGGAACUGUUUUGAAAUGUAGUUGCUAAAAGGAUCAAAACAAUGUUCAAGGGAUUUUUUUUCAUCCUGACACAAUUAAUUAAACAUGCCCAGGGUCAAAUUGACCCGGUGACAGGAGGGUUUGUUAUGUCCAAACCUUUAGUUCCAACAUAAAAGGUUAUCACGCACACACGCGCAUGCGCAUCCAGACAGUUUGUAGUAUGAUUCUUAUUUUCAUGCACACGCGUGUGACGGAAGGCAGCAUGAAGGUUUUGUUCUUCUUCUUCUUUCCGGAAGACACUUGAGAUUCUCCCGCUCUGAAACUUGAAUUCUUCUUCUUCUGUCUCUCUCUAAUGACACAUUUUGAAAGGCUGACUAACCUCGAUUCUGUGUUGUGACGUGCAAUACCGUUUCUAAUGUUUGUACAAAAAGUAAGAAUUACCGUGUAAAACCUUUUGAAAAUGCAGAUUUUAUUUUUUUCAUUGCAUAUUUUGCAGAUUUUUCUGAUCCACAGUGUCAUUUUUUUACUGUCUAAUGAGGAGAAAAAAGGAACCAGACCCCAUUUUUUCAUUGCAACUAUUUUUAAAUCCAGAUAUCUUUGUACCGAUGUAAAUGAUUGUAGUUAUUUUGGAUAGUGUUUUGCUAACAAAAAGAGAGACUUUUUCAUGUAUAUUUUCACCUUGGUUAACCUUCUUUCAUUUCACCCAACGGUAGCAGAAUUCUUGGGAGGUUUUUUUUUUUUUUUUUUUUUUUCAAUGUCAUUGGUAUUAUUUUGUAUUCUGGUGUGGAACUACAGAAGAUGCUAAUUGCUGAGAUAUUUUAAUGAAGCUGCAUUUUUCUUAUUUCAUUGUUUCUAAAAUCAGAGUUGACCUAAAAUACAAAACGUUGAUUGUUAUGGUGCAUUUGGAUGGCGAUCAUUAUUACUGGCUGGUAGUUUGAUAUGCAAAAUGAACAUUGCGUUUUAUUUUUUACCUGGCCUUGUUUUGUAUUUCACUAGUGAUUACAAUUUUUUUGUUGUUUCAAUUCACUUGCUAAAUAAAGACCCACUCUGUUUGGACACACUA